GUGACAUGAAAUGAUGGCUGUAGAGGGCUGAGCGCUGCGCCUGACCAUAACGCUAGCCAUUCUGGCUAUUAAUGUCACCGCUACCAUGCUCAGUGCACGCAAAGUCCUAGGCAAGGUGCCACUCGGGACAACGUUGGGAUCAAAUGCCAUUUGGGGUCUCUGGUUCCACGUCUGGGGGAAGAGGGGGGCCCCACGAUUGCAGGGAGGCAGGACGGAGCGAGGAAGGAGCUACAGGAGGGGAGAGGGCCUGGGAAGGCUCACAGAGGGGCCCUGGAGGAUGAACGAGCAGCAGUACACCGACGGGCAGGAACAGGAGGAGGAGCAAAGCCCAAAGGCCUCGGAAUACGGGAGCCCUCGCUUCCAGAGGGGAUCCCAGCAUCCUGAGCCCGGGACGCCUGAGCGCUCGGCAGAGGCUGUGUCUGUCUGGUACCGGCGUGCGGGUUGCAUCUCAAAGAGGCUCGGAGUGCGGGCAGAGUGUGGAGGUCUCAUUCCAAAGGCCCUGGGCGCACACAACUCGUCUCCGCUGCAGCUCUCUGCCUGUUCUAGAAGGACUGUGAGGUCUGCAGCGCGCGUGGUCUCGGGCUGUCACGCUCAGCAAGGCUGCGGGUGCUGCCUCGGUGCCGCCACCGUGACCUUGGAUGAGCCGCUUCCAAAGGCAGCCGGGCUCCCAACGCCCGGCCUGAACUGCAGGAGGUACACCUACGUGUUAACCAACGAGGAAAUAAAGAGAAGUAAGACACAGGGUCCACACCCAGCCCCUUACAGUCUCCUGGCUGUGACCCGCACACAGAUUGAAUUUCUACAAGAGAGGUUGCCACCUUAAGAAUAAUUAUUUUAAGGAAAACACAAACAACAGCAUUAAAGAUUUUGUAUUUGAAACACCCACAACGCACCCCGCGUGAACAUAUUCACGACUCUAGGUUUUCGUGGCUGUGUGAUACUCCUUCCUGUUCAGGUCCAUAACUACUGGUUGAACGAAUGACUUGGGUAAAUGACAGGGGCUUCACCUGGGCACAGCACACCCCCACCCACAGCAUCCUCUGCGGCUGCCCUGUCACCGCCCAGGGAGGGGAUUGACCAUCCUUGCUUUGCAGAUGAGGAAACUCAAGAGGCCCUGUGACCUCUCCUUCCUUCUCCUGGCACCAGUCCCUCCUGCACUGUCUAGGGAGCAUGUUCGGGCAUUUUGGUGGUGGUGGUGGUGGUGGUGGUGAUGGAGGAGGCGGGGAAGGCCGACAGCUAGGGGCUCCUGCACCCACGAGCGCAGAGCAGGCCAAGGGCGGGGGUGACCACCGCCCGGCAACAGCUCCCAGCCUCCCCCUCCGGCCCACAAGACCUCGGCGAGGAAGAGGGGCACUCAGAGCCAACCAGUGCUCCCGACUACAGAAGGAGGGAAAGCUCGAAGCGUAAAUGACUUUUUAUUGGUGUGUUCUUGGCCAUAGCUGAGUCACACCUUUUAGCCUGAAAUGCAGGUAAAGAGAAGAUCCAGCAAUCAACAAGGCAAGAAGGGCUUCCCUGGUGGCGCAGUGGUUGAGAGUCCGCCUGCCGAUGCGGGAGACACGGGUUCGUGCCCCGGUCCGGGAAGAUCCCACGUGCCGCGGAGCGGCCGGGCCCGUGAGCCGUGGCCGCUGA